AGCACCACGAACAGCGCCGGCAGGAUGAACGGGCUUACCAUCGGCCAGAACACCAUUCCAAUGAAGGACCACGACGCCAUCAAGCUUUUCAUCGGGCAGAUUCCCAGAAACCUGGAGGAAAAAGACCUGAAACCCCUGUUUGAGGAAUUCGGAAAGAUAUACGAACUCACUGUACUGAAAGACAGGUUUACGGGAAUGCAUAAAGGAUGUGCCUUUCUAACAUACUGUGCCAGAGAGUCAGCACUGAAGGCCCAGAGCGCCCUCCAUGAACAGAAGACUCUGCCAGGGAUGAACCGGCCCAUCCAGGUGAAGCCAGCCGACAGCGAAGGACGAGGAGAAGACAGGAAGCUGUUUGUGGGAAUGCUCGGCAAGCAGCAGAGCGAGGACGACGUCCGGCGGCUGUUCGAGACCUUCGGCCAGAUCGAGGAGUGCACCGUCCUGCGAGGGCCUGAUGGGGCCAGUAAGGGCUGUGCCUUUGUCAAGUUCUCCAGCCACGCAGAAGCGCAGGCCGCCAUCAACAGCUUACAUGGUGGACAGACUAUGCCUGGUGCCUCGUCCAGUCUGGUGGUCAAGUUUGCAGACACUGAUAAGGAGAGGACAUUGCGCAGGAUGCACCAGAUGGCGGGCCAGCUCGGCAUCUUCAGUCCCAUGACCAUCCAGUUUGGGGCCUAUGGCGCCUACUCUCAUGCUAUGAUGCAACAGCAAGCAGCCCUGAUGGCAGCAACACAAGGGUCCUACCUGAACCCCAUGGCAGCCAUUGCUGCCGCGCAAAUGCAGCAAAUGGCAGCUUUCAAUGUCAACGGCCUGGUGGCUACUCCCAUGACACCGUCCUCAGGCACCAGCACACCCCCAGGCAUCUCUGCCACAGCCGUGCCCAGCAUAGGCGCCCCUAUCGGGGUCAACGGAUUCAGUGCCCUCCAGCCUCAAAGCAAUGGGCAGCCCACCUCUGAGCCCAUCUACACCAAUGGUAUUCACCCUUACCCAGCACAGAGUCCAACGGUGACCGACCCUCUCCAACAGGCUUAUGCUGGCGUCCAACACUACGCAGCAGCCUACCCUGCCGCCUAUGCGCCAAUCAGCCAAGCGUUCCCCCAGCAACCAACCAUCAUUCCCCAGCAACAGAGGGAAGGGCCGGAGGGUUGCAAUCUGUUUAUUUAUCACCUGCCCCAGGAGUUCGGAGAUGCGGAGCUCAUGCAAAUGUUCCUGCCUUUCGGCAACGUCAUCUCUGCCAAAGUCUUUGUGGACCGAGCGACCAAUCAGAGCAAAUGUUUCGGCUUUGUGAGUUUUGAUAACCCGUCCAGUGCUCAAGCCGCUAUCCAGGCCAUGAACGGCUUUCAGAUAGGCAUGAAGAGGCUGAAGGUGCAGCUAAAGCGGCCAAAGGAUGCCAACCGACCUUACUGACUUGUCUGCUGUCCAUACCCAGGAUGAAGGGCCACAACACCUUAUUUCCACAAGUGCAGUAAAAGUACAAAGACUUCUUGCUCUGCUACAUAUCAUGAAGGAAGGGUGGUCCCUUGAUCCUGCUGGAAACCCGCUGAAAGAUUGGGUGACUGCGAGAGGGAUACCAGAGUUGUUGUUUUUGUUUUUCUUUCUUGUUUUUUCUUUCUUCGCAAAUGCCUCUUUUUUCCCUGUUUUGCUUUGGCGUCUGUGGAAGAAGAUUUUUUGCAGAGACCAACUUUUUGCUGCUGUUUUUUAGACAUGAUGGGAAAAAAACCUUUAUAGACUCAUUAUGCUCAAAGCAUGCAUACUGACACAGGAUAUAGAUAAACACAGAUAACAAAACCAAACAUACACAUUUAACGAUGCUACAUUUAAAAAAUGAAAAAUGAAAAAAAAAACUACUUUGUACAUGUAUAAAUACGUGCAAAUGCCAACUCAAGUACUAAAGCAAACACAUGCGUGUGCGCACGCACAUACAUACAGACACACACGCUCACACACACAUAUACACACACACCAGCCUGCUGCCAUUUUGGUUUUUGUGCCUACACAGGUGUUGUGCUCUGUGACAGGGCAAGCUCUGGAUCAAAGAAGAAAAUGAGAAGAAGAAGAGAAGAGGAGAAUCCAGGAUAAUUUACAUGCAUCAUUCCUUAGGAAAUAGGGACCAAAGGACUAAACGCUUUUUAAAAGAAUAUAAAUAUAUAAAUAUAUAAAUAUAUAUUUAAAAACUCAUACCUUGUAGCUGCAAGUAUUACAAUUUACUCGUAGUAAAAAAAAUCAUUAAAUCAAUAUCCAGUGGCCUACUGUAAGUAAGAAUAAAAGAAAAUGGAAAUAAUGUAUUAAAAAAAAGACAUGGAAUCUUAGUAUAGGGGCUGACCUUUUGCUCUGGAUGCUGAUUUAGCGCCAGGUUGUAGAAUAGUAAAGUAGAUUAGAAAAAAAAUGUAGAUUUGCUAACUUUUGCUGUUGUUUAAAAAAAAUACUUGAAGUUGUAAUGAAAAAGGGAUAAGGGUUUGGGGGGGGGGGGCGCAUUCAUCUGCCCCUGUACGCAACAAGUCUCUUUCUCUUGGAUGUUAAGGUAUCAGCCACUGGAUAUCUCGCUCAUCAAGAUGUAUAAGUCACCGCACUCUCUGACAGCUAUGAACAGACUGUUCUGGAAGAAGAAAAAAAAGAAUGAUGAGAGAAAAAAAAGACUGAACUUACUAAUGUCUGUGCUGGACAGGGUGCAGACGUUUAAGGCUUCUCACUAGCCUUUGUGUUCAAGCGACAAUCCACUGUAAAGACCAAGCAAAAUGGACAUGUGGUGUCUUUUGUUUUUGUCUUUUCUUUUCUUGACCUUUUGUAUUGCAACAAGGAGAAUUAUUAUGAAUCAUGAAGCCACAAAUUGUUAAAAGGAAAUGGUUCUACUAAGAGAGGUGGACAAAUGAAUGGUCAUGAGGGAAACAGAAAGGGAGGAGUAAGGUGACAGCUACUGAAACUGCCAGCAGAAUAAACUGAGUAUACAAAUGAA